GAAUAUUUGAAUCGGUGCUGAAAAUGGCCACACUCUCACCUCCUCCAAAACGACAGAAAACUUAUCAUGGAGUACCCGAGCCCGAAUCUGAACUACCUGAACCAUCACGUAACAUCCUUGUUCAAUUUGUGUCUGAGGAUGAUGGUUCUGCCCUGGCCCCAGCUGUAAACUUGCCAGCCGACGUCUCUCGAGAAGGUCUAGAGGUUUUAGUGAACAAAUUAACCGUUUCCGAAGAAGCAGUUCCCUUCGCAUUCCAUAUCGACUUCCCAGAAAACUCUCAUCAGAACAAGACUACUCCCGGUCCUUCGAGGAUUGUCAUCACCAAAUCCAUACAAAAUGAUGUGCUAAACCAUCCCACACACGGUGACUCUUUUACAGAAGAAGACGUGUUCGUCGUGCGUUGUGCACCGCAGAGCGUUUUCCGUGUUCGCCCUGCAACGCGGUGUUCAGCAAGUUUGAGUGGACAUACAUCACCCAUCUUGUGUGCUUCCUUUUCACCGACCGGAACCCUGUUAGCGACUGGCUCUGGUGAUGCAACUGCCAGGCUGUGGAAUCUGGAUACUGAAACCCCGAGCCAUACAUUGUUAGGGCAUAAAGGCUGGGUUUUGUGCGUCGAGUGGGAGGCAAUGGAGAGGUUAUUGGUUACUGGCGGUCAUGACGGACAUGUCAGAUUGUGGGAUCCCAAGACUGGCAAGGCGAUUGGUGAUGCUAUGAAAGGGCACUCUAAAUGGGUUACAUCCCUGUCUUGGGAACCCAUACACUUGGCACCUACCUCACCACGACUCGCGUCGUCCUCCAAGGAUGGAACUGUUCGUAUCUGGUCCACACUUACGAGACGCACAGAGUAUACACUCGGUGGGCAUACUGCAAGUGUCAAUGUUGUCAAAUGGGGCGGUGGAGACGUUGGUGGAUUUGGUCUCAAAAAGGGCAUCCUAUACACCGCGUCGAGCGAUCGCACGGUGAGAGUAUGGGAUGCUGAUAGCGGGCGUCCAUUGCACACACUAAAGGACCACGCACAUUGGGUCACAACUCUAACACUAAACACGGACUUUGUUUUGCGGACAGGCCCAUUCGAUCAUACAGGGAAGAAGCCAAAAACCGACGAAGAAGCCCAACAACUUGCCCUAAAACGCUAUACUUCCGUCCUCUCCACCGCACCAGAACUCUUGAUAACCGGAUCAGACGACCAUACCCUCUUCCUCUGGUCCCUCUUCCCAUCUUCGGUCACACAACCACGACCAAAUGCAGAAAUUCAGGACAAUAAAUCGGGGAAAUUGAAACCAUUAGCACGUUUGACAGGACAUCAACGCCAGAUCUCUCAUGUCGCUUUCUCCCCAGACGGACGCUGGGCAGCUUCAGCUUCGUGGGACUCUUCCGUACGCCUUUGGGAAGGUCGUACAGGUAAAUUCGUUGCGACAUUGAGAGGUCACGUAGGUGCCGUAUACCGACUAGCUUGGAGCGCAGAUGGAAGGAUGGUUGUCAGUGCAAGUAAAGACGGGACUGUCAAAAUCUGGGAUUUGAAGACGUAUAAACUCAAAGUUGAUCUCCCUGGACACACCGAUGAGGUUUACUGCGUUGAUUUCGUGGCUGAUAAAGUCGUAAGCGGUGGCAGAGAUAAACAUGUCAAGAUAUGGAAAAAUUAGGAUCGGCCCGUG